AUGCAUUUUGUGGAGGCACUGGAGAAAAGGUUAGGGUAUUCCAAGUUCAUGAAGGACUUGGUCACCAAGAAGAAAAAUGUCAACUUUGAGACAAUCAAAGUGACACAUCAGUGCAGUGUAAUCAUUUCACAUGCCAGAGUGAAAAAGAUGGAGGAUCCAGGGGCAUUCACUAUCCCUUAUAUUAUCGGUGUGACAAGCUUUUCCAAAGCAUUGUGUGACUUGGGGGCAAUCGACUUUGUGAUAUUGGACUGUGAAGUGGAUAUAGAGGUCACCAUCAUACUUGGUAGACCAUUUUUUACUACGGUGUGGGCCAUUUGUGAUGUGGAAGCUGGAGAACUAAAAUUCCGCAUGAACGAUGAUGAAGAAAUCUUCUAUAUCCAAAAGUCAAUGAAGCAAUCACAUGACUAUGGAGUGAUCUCUGUGAUUGAUAUAGUAGAUGAAAUGACUGGGUAUUUGAAGAAGAGAGCUGAAUCUGUUGGUGAUAAAUGA